GCUCUCUCUCUCGCUCUCCUCCCUCUCUCCUCCCGCUCACACGCGCUCACACACAGUAGCUCAUGAAGAGCGACGUAGCGGCAUCAGCUCUGGAUUUGAACCUGCGGCAGCGGCGGGACCGGACAUGGAUCUCUUUGAACUGGACUUUUUCAGGGACUGGGAGCUGGAGCAGCCGUGUCAUCUGGAGUCAGAGCGCAGCAUCCUGAAGAAGAGGGAGUGGGAGAGGAGGAACCAGGAGGUCCAGCAGGAUGAAGAUCUCUUCUCAACUGGAUUCAACCUGUUUGGAGAGCCAUACAAAACAAAUAAAGGUGAUGCGUUGGCCAGUCGUGUCCAGAACACUCUGGGUUCCUAUGAGGAGAUGAAAGACCUUCUAACAAGCCAGUCAAACCAGAGCCACUUGGUAGGAAUCCCGAAAGGUAGCAGUGGGAAUGUCAGCAUACAGACACCAACCGCAUCAGCUCCAGAGAGGUCUGUCAUGGAGUCCCAGGGCUUUACUGAAGCCAGUCGAGGAGACGCGGAGGUGGGCGCUGACAAGCAGUCAGGAAAUUCAACAUCAACUUCCAUGCAUCCUCCGGUGUCAAGUGCUUCAUCACUGCUGCAUCAGAAUUCCAAAAAGUCUCGGGGCUCCUCUGACUGGCUUAGGGGAGGCCAUGUUCCAGCUGUCCAGGGGUCCGACCCUGUCGUGGGGUCGGCCCUGGGCCAAGGUCACGCUGUCGGAGGACGAGGCAAAAUGUGUUUGUUCGAAGAACAGCAGAGGCAAGAAGAACUAUUCAGCUCCUUGAAAGAUGAACUUGGUCUGAAAGGUGACUCCAGUCCGUCCUCUUCCUCCUCAUACUCUUCCUCUUCUUCCACAUCGUCCAGCAGAAGGCGCUCCACUCAGCCCUCGAAAAUCCUACCUCUCUCAGAUGGAGGUAAUUUCCGAAGUUCUUCAGUGGAUGUUGUGCAUUACAAGUCUUCCACAAGUGCAGAAAGUGGACAUUUGAAAUCAUCCCCAUUUGACAAUGAAGCGAGCUCCCAGGUGUCCACCUCUCCGCUGGCUUCCACGUCUGUUUUAUCGACACCCACACCGGGGCUGACCACACCCACCUCGGGGCUCGCCAGCUUCCCGCCAGGCAGCCUUCCAGGCAAGCAGAUCUCCUUGCAGCAAAAGCCCACAGCGUACGUUCGACCAAUGGACGGUCAGGAUCAGGCACCCAGCGACUCUCCCAAGUUGAAGCCUCCCCUGGUGGUUGCAGAAGGCCUCAGUAAUGGUCAGGCUUUUGGCACAAGCACUGGAAAGAACAAACUGCCAAAGUUGAGUCUGAACCACACCAAUGAGGUCAGCCUGACCAAUGAUUCCAGCUGUGUCGAGGAGAUUCUGCGGGAGAUGACUCAUUCAUGGCCUCCGCCUCUUACUGCCAUACACACUCCUGGGAAAGCUGACCAAACCAAGUUUCCCAUCCCAAACAAGGAGCCGCAGCAUGUGACCUCGGGCUACAGUCAGAAGCGAGGUUCAGUGGCAGUCAACAAGCUGUCGACAAAACCACCCAACGCACCACAGAAGUCAAUGCUGGAGGAUGACCUGAAGAUCAGCAGUGAUGAAGAAGAAGCCGAGCAACAGGUGUCUGACAAAGCCAUCAAGUCUAGAGCCACAACACUCAGUGGAGGUUCUGGGAGCAGCAGUGACACAGAGAGCAGCUCCGAGUCAGACACAGAUGAGUCUGAAAGCAGUUCCAGCGACAGCGAGUACAACCGGACUUCCCGCACACACACACCAGAGCCGGAGCCGACGAAUAAAUGGCAGCUGGACAGCUGGCUGAAUAAGGUCCAAACUCAGAGCAAACCCCUGGUCCCACCGGUGCGGGACUAUCAUGGAUCAGGCACUGUCUGCCCAGCCGGAGAAACAGCAGCAGCACCUGGAGGAGGGGCCAACAACAAGACCAACGGGACCAGCAACACUGAACCAACGGUAGCGGCGGAACAUAAGGACGCCAUAGGAGCUGCGGGGUCAGAUUUCACUUCCAUGUUGGAUAUGAUCGACAGCAACACACACUCCAGCAGAGAAAAGGCCAAGUUGAGCCAGAGGACAUCUGGAGAAGGUCAGAGGUCAAAGACGAGACUGUCACCUGGUUGUACGUCAGGGUCAGAGGUCACUCCUCCCAAAAGGAUCUCGACAGGAAAAAAGCAGCCGAGGAGAACGGAGCGGCUAAGCGGCGGUCAGGACAACCCAACAUGGAGUCGAGCCAGCCAGCAGAGCCCUGCCUUGAGGGAGAAGGACCUGUUCCCCACUUCCUCUCUUGAGCAUCAGAACGUCCCAAGAGCACAAAUUAAACCCCCGGGUUUGAAAACUGCGCCGAGAAAAGAACCCCGCAGCGCCACCAGCUCCAAUAACAAGUUGCCAGCGACGCUCCAUCAAAUACCAGCACAGACACAUCCAGUCAGCCUGAACCAGGACAAGAGGAAACACAGAGGUCCAUGCAACAAAAUCACUCCCAAAUCUCGAGAAUUUGUCGAGACAGAUUCAUCCUCGUCUUCCUCCGAGUGCCUCUCAGAUUCUGAUGAGGCCAUUAAAAUCCCCGCUGGACCACCGCAGACCACAAGUCCCCCAAUUAACACAGUAAAUCUGUCCAACGUGCAACCGCACACACCCCCUCUGACAACUCUCAGCACCGCUGGCUCAGUGGGAAUUUUAGGAACAUUUGGGGGACCGAGUCGAAGCGUUAAAGUGAGUAGCAACGGGACCACUGAUAGCAGUGGCAGUGGUGGUCUCAGUAGCAGCUGCAACACACUUGGCAUUGGCAUCAUUGGUUGUUCUUUUGGGACUUCUGUCCCGGACCCCGGAGGGUUGGGUGGUGCCUGCAAGGACUUGGAGUGCAUGUCACCUGCUGACUCUCCAUGGAGAGAGUACCAAGAGAGGCAGAAUCUGUGGGUAAAAAUUGACCUGGCACUGCUCAGCAGAGUUCCCAGACAAGGCCGGAGCAAAGGACCAGACAUGGAAAGAGACAGAAAGGAGGAAACACACGAUAACAGUAGAGAAAGACAGAAGCAUGACAGCGCAGACUGGUCCCUGUUGAGAGAUCACAAGACAUUUAAUAAACUGAAAGGUCAAGAAGAGGAGCGUGAACAUUUGGAUCAUGAGAGGCAAGGAGCCCGAGCGCCGAUCAUGGAGAAUCAGGAGAGACUCAGGAUGGGUGGCGCUGAAAAAACUGCAGGGAGAAGAGAGAAAGACUGUCCUGAUAUGGGAACUGCCGACAUCAGCAUGCUGCAACAAGGGCAGAAUCCUAGGCUCAAGGCGCCUAGAGGAGACAGUGGAGGCAAACACAAGAGACCAGCAGUCGGAAACACUGAUGUCCCAUCAGACAAGCACAGGAACAAGCGGAAACACAAGUUGGACCAAACGGAGUCAGUCGUCAGCAGCAAUAAAAAAGGACGGUUGGACAAAGAGAGUCAUGCCCCUCCAGCCUGCAUCUCUCCAGGGCAGAACCACAAGAACAGCUCCUCGGAAUCUUCUCUUAACAGAAAGCAGUGUCGCCGGCGCGAUGACAAGCUACUUCCCCCUCUGCUGUCCCCCCUGUCGGACGAGCCUCCGCACAGGCAGCCGGGUGAUGGCGGGGCCUCUGUGGGACAGGAGAGCAGUGCCAUUAUCGUACAGGCUUGUUCCAAUUCUUCCAGCCAACACAGACACAGGAAAGCAGAAAGCAUCUCAGCUCGAAACAACAGCGAAAACAAUCAUCUUGGUGAGAAGAACAGUGGACAUGGUUACCAUGCCAACUCCCAGUCAGAGUCAGAGAUGUGGUCAGAUGCAAUGAUGGCUCCAACGGAACCUCGCCGGCCGAAAUUGCUGUUUAGUGACACAGUCCACACUGCUGACCACUACAUGCAGGAGGCCAAGAGGCUCAAGCACAAGGCUGACGCUCUGAUGGAUAAGUUUGGGAAAGCAGUCAACUACACAGACGGAGCGCUCUCCUUCAUUGAAUGUGGAAAUGCAAUGGAGCGAGAUCCGCUGGAGGCCAAAUCCCCGUAUACCAUGUACUCGGAGACCGUGGAGCUAAUCCGGUACGCCAUGAGGUUAAAGAACUUCACCAGCCAUUCAGCAACUGUUGCUGAGAAGAAACUUGCAGUUCUGUGUAACCGCUGUCUGUCUCUGCUGUACCUGAGGAUGUUCCAUCUGAAGAAAGAUCACGCUGUCAAGUACUCGCGGUCUCUCAUGGACUACUUCAAGAAUUCUGCCAAGAGUUCCCAUCAAGAGCCUUCUCCCUGGAGGACCAAUGGGAAGGUGACCAGGACCCCGUCGCCUCUCUCUCUGAGCCCCUCAGCUUCCAGCACUGGAGUGAGUUCAGUGAGUGGAGGCAGUGGAGGAGUCCAGGGUUCAUCUGGAAGCGUCGCGAUUCCUCAGAGGAUCCACCACAUGGCAGCCAGUCAUGUCAACAUCACCAACAACAUCCUGCGCAGCUAUGACCACUGGGAGACUGCCAACAGGCUCUCCUCCAACUGUCAAGACUUCUUCCAGGAGCUGGACUCUGUCAUGGAGCCGCUGAGUCAGCAGGGAACCAUGACUCAGCUGGUCCGCUACGUGAGACAGGGACUUCACUGGCUGCGAUCAGAGGCUCACCUCCACUAGAGAGGACGGAUGACUCAGCCGAUCCUACGUGGUACACUGAAGAUUAGCUAACCGGAGAGUGAACGUGAUUCACAGAGGAGCAACUCACUUAUACCAGAAGAAAAGUGCGUUUGUGAGGACGCAUUGUCACACAAACUCUCUGGCCAGACAUGUUGCACUUUUGUUGUGUUGUGCGUGAACCUGUACAGCUGAUUGUCUAUCGGUGUCAUCAGACCUGGCGGUUAUUAAUGCUGUGUGCAAUAACUCAAAACUGUCCUUUUUGCUGUUGAUUUGUUCUUGUCCAAAGUGAAGGAGCCUGGAGAUGAUGGGGGUGAAGGUCACCAGUGUGAGAGUGAACGUGUGUGUAUGAUACUUCGACGUGCCUAAAUCAGUCAAACUAGCUUCAUAACACGAGUCAUAUCCAAAUGUAGGCUCCAAAAACAUAGAGUCAUCAGCACUCAGACUUUAGCUCACGGCAUCUGAGAGUUGUAAUAAACUUCGACUUCCAUGUGAUGAGAAGUCACACUCUUUCGGAAUUUACCAACUGUUUUAAGGAAACUUCCCUCCUAUUUAGGCCGCGAGCACCUCCGACUGGCCUCUGGAAAAGAGGGCGCUGUUCUUGUCUUGUUCUAAAAGUCUGCAGUCCUAUGUAAGUUUCACCUUGCUCUCCAUCCUGAUAAAUAUGGGUCUUGGAUAUGUCUGUCUGCACCUGGAAAAGUUUUGGUCUUGAUCUUUGCCUGUCAAACUCUUGAUCUGUUACCAAAGCUGUUGGUCAAUCUUGCAGCCUGUCAGUCCUGGUCAACAGUCGGAUGUCCUGUCCGACUGCUGCCCAGAGAUUCGCACAGUUUAUUCCAGAAUAAAAGGUACAAGUAGAUGUACAGGUGACAAAAUAGGGCUUCAUGUGCAAGCAGCAGCUAAAUUUAAUGACCUUUUUUUUUUUUUUUUUACAAGCAGCCGAUCGUGUCUGAGGAGAAUGAAUGUUGAGGGGGAAAACUAAAGUGCCUCUUUGUGUCCUCUGAGAAUUUCUCUAUUUAUUUAAGAAUGAAUUGUUCUGACUCUUUCAUACCAUAUUGGUAUAAAUCUGAGAUUGUUUUUCAUAAAAUCAAAGUGUUUCCUUAAGCUUUUUACUGGUGUUUAUGACAACACAGUUGUUGGCGUAAAGAGAAGACGUGAUGUGUCGGGUUUGCAUUUGUUACGGUUUUUCGUCUCAAUGACUUGCUGAUGUUUUUCUGCCUGAUGUGACGAUUUCAUUGCAUGCAUUAAAUGAAAA